AACUGUCAUGUGCUGAAGUCGCGGGUGUUUCCAUGGUGACCGAGUGGAGUGGUAGAGAAAUGGUGAGGGAUGAAGUUUGCGUGGCACCCCUAGCCCAAUGUGUCACCGUCCAUCGAUACGGCAGUGACCAGUACCAGCUCAUGGCCACAGAAUUAGGACGCUAUUGAUCAAAAUCUCCCAGCAGCAUUCCCAAACUGAGGGCCUCAACAUUUCCGUGUACAAAGCUGGCAAUUGCCAAGGUGAAUUACGGUGGCUGGAGUGCAAGAUUCCAUUACCCUAUCCGGAGUGUGUGUGUGCAGAAACUGUUUCUUUAGGGACCCAGCAUUCUUCAUGGUCGACUCUGCUUCAUCUUGAUGAUGGCAGUGAGCUGUGUAAAUCUGAAUUCUCGGAAUGUCUUGGACAUCCUGUGGAGUUGCAUGUUGUGUUUGUGUGCGACUGUGGCACUAGUGAGGGGCUAUGCAUGCCCUAUUACCAGUGGGAUAUUCGUAGCGGACUGUAAGAACAAGGGGUUGGAAUUCGUACCCUGGGAUCUGCCACACACAAUCCGCAUGUUUCAUUUGGAGGAUAACAACCUUAUGAAGUUAAAAGGUACCCCGUUCUUCAAGUUCACCUUCAUGGAGGAGCUGUGGAUGCAGAAUAAUUCGAUAAACAGCAUCAACGACAAGGCCUUCCAGGGAUGUUCUUCACUGAUUUGGCUCGACCUAAGUGAGAACAUGCUGAAGGAUUUCCCUUCAAGCGCCUUUAAACACACGCCUAAGCUGCAACACCUUAUUCUCAACUAUAAUGAAAUAAGUUACAUCGGGGACGAUGCUUUUCGGCACUUGGGCCAACUGCAAAAUUUGUACCUGACCAACAAUAAACUGCACGCCAUUGCCCCGAAAGGCUUUCUAGGUUUGAAGUCGCUGCGCUGGUUGGAGCUUCAGAAUAACCUCCUGCGUAAACUUGAUCCUCAGAUCGUCCAAUCAUUUGGAAAAGAAUUCCUUGCCAUUAAACUGCACAAGAACCCUUGGCACUGUGACUGCUCAUUAAGGUGGCUUAAGCUCUGGCUAAUCACAAUGGCAGAAAACAACACACUCCACUGGGAGUUUGACCUGGCACGUCCUAUGUGCCACAGCCCCUGGCUUGUGGAGGGGAAAGCCUUCUCUGAAGUUCCAGACUCCUUCUUCGUGUGCCCUGUUCACAUUCUGUCGCGUAGUCAAAGAAUUGAGCUGGAGGAGACGGACAACGCAGAGCUGACUUGUGAGGUGAGUGCUGACCCGCCAGCCACAGUGUUUUGGUACCUCAACGGCAAACAACUGGAGAUCGAGGGCUCCACCAAGUACAAGGUUAUCAAUGAAGGCGGGGUCCACCUGCGCAACACCUUAUACGUCUACAACUUCCAGGUAAGGGACAUGGGGUCCUACAUAUGUAACGCCGUUAACCCCGCUGGGGCGAGGAACGUUACCUUUCACAUCGCUAUUGAGGGCGUGAAUCCUGAUGACGUCCGCCCUGUAGAACAGGCUGUGGUGGAGACCAAGUUGAACAUUGUAACUAUCACGGCCAUUGUGGUAGGUAGCUUGGUGUUUACGCUGGCUUUAACUGUCAUUGUGUGUGUGAUGAUUUACCGUCGCCGCACCCCGCCCCCUCACUAUGGGGUGGAGAUGAAGGCAGAGAGCCCUCAUGACAGAGAGCUACAGGAUGGGGAAAAGCCUGAUGACAUCGACGAAGACAUGAUGAAGGAAUGUAACAAAAUGGACACAGUAGAUCCCCUAUACGAUUCCAUACGGGACCGAAAUGUGCAGUAUCGUAACAGUCUGAACACUUCUACGUAUAUAUCAUUUAAAUCUGAGCCCUCAGACCCCGAGGACUUGGCCAUGCUUUAUGCCAGUAUCCCCAAAAGACGCUACAAUGGCUCUGUGGCGGGUUCAGUGACAGGGUCCUAUAAAGAGACCAUGUCCCCUUUACUUGCCCCAUACCACAUUGUACCCCCAAGGCAAGUGUACCAUGUGGACCCCCUGAAUGAGUCGGCCGACUUUACUACCAUUCCACUGCACCCCCAGCACAACAGGCCACCGUCCCGCACCCCGUCAUAUUGCUCCACCCCACCUCAGCACAGACACCUCCAACCACAGAAAAGUUGCUCAAUGGGCAGUCUUGGCCUAACCCCACCUAAAAAGCCACCCAGGCUUUACACCUAUGGGUCGCGAGACCCAGUUGCUAAUAGCCCUGGGAACCGAAACUCUGCGGUGGGGACGAUUAGUUUACUACGAGGCGAUGACAGCUACAGUACAGCAGUAUGAGUGCUGACUUUCUGCCAGUUUAUGGCCAGUUACAGUACAUCAGUGUAUGAUCAGUGACCAGUUACUGCCUGUUUACUGAAACGUAAUAACUGUUUCAAUGUAGCAGAGUGGCCAGUGCUACCUUCACUGCAGAAGGAUAGCAGUUACAGUGUACUACAGUACAGCCACUCUAUAAUAUGAUGAUGUGGCUUGCCCUAGCUUUUCUUGCAACUGGAUAGCAGUUACAGUACAGCUACAGUACAAUACAGUGGUGUGGCUGGUGCAGGCUUUACUGCAGAGUGAACUGCUUGUUCUAAUACUGCCAUAUAUAGACUGUUACAGUGUAACAGUGUGGCUAGUGCUAGCUGUACUAUAGAAGGAUGGCAGUUACAAUACAACACAGCGGCGUGGCUGGUGCUAGUUUCCCUGUAGGAUAAGGAGGAUAAGAACCAAAGUACAGCAGUCUAA